UGGGGUAUUUUUAAAUGCAUUAAUGCAGGCUCCAAUCACUCGGCCAGGCUUGACCUAUUUUUGGCUCAGGCCGACCAUUGUUCUAUUUCUGUGCCUGCGGGCCAUGCUGUUGUUGAUUCAUAUGCAAAUGGAUUAUCACUGGGUUUAGCCAACUUGAGCUGAGAGAGACCAGAGAGGGAGGAAGAUACACACACAAACAGAGAAGGGCACCAGCUGAAGCCACUCCUAGGACUGCCGCUUCUUGCAAGGAAACUCUAGCAGCCUGAAGAACUUUCAGCCAGGUUUCCUUGGUUUCUCUUUCUCGUGGGUAGAGUUAAUAUUUUUCUACUUAUUCUGACAAAGCAAUAUCCCCGAAGCACAUUCCCAUCUCCCACCUGCUUUUUAGUGUUCAGGGUAACCUGAACUCCAGAGGGCCAGAGCAUCCGCCCGAUCCUUUCUGCUCUGCACACAGAUGGGGUGGCUGGACGCGAGCAGCUCUUGGCUCAGCAGAGAAUGCACAGCAUGCUCAGCUCAGUGGAUGUAAAGUCGGAGGUUCCUGUGGGCCUGGAGCCCAUCUCCCCUUUGGACCUACGGACGGACCUCAGGAUGAUGAUGCCCGUGGUGGACCCUGUCGUCCGGGAGAAGCAGCUGCAGCAGGAGCUACUCCUCAUCCAGCAGCAGCAGCAGAUCCAGAAGCAGCUCCUGAUUGCCGAGUUUCAGAAGCAGCACGAGAACUUGACACGGCAGCACCAGGCGCAGCUUCAGGAGCACAUCAAGUUGCAACAGGAACUUCUAGCCAUAAAACAGCAACAAGAACUCCUAGAAAAGGAGCAGAAACUGGAGCAGCAGAGGCAAGAACAGGAAGUAGAGAGGCAUCGCAGAGAACAGCAGCUUCCUCCUCUCAGAGGCAAAGAGAGAGGACGAGAAAGGGCAGUGGCAAGUACAGAAGUAAAGCAGAAGCUUCAAGAAUUCCUGUUGAGUAAAUCAGCAACAAAAGACACUCCAACUAAUGGAAAAAAUCAUUCCGUGAGCCGCCAUCCCAAGCUCUGGUACACGGCUGCCCACCAUACAUCAUUGGAUCAAAGCUCUCCACCCCUGAGUGGGACAUCUCCGUCCUACAAAUACACAUUACCAGGAGCCCAAGACGCAAAGGAUGAUUUCCCCCUGCGGAAAACUGAAUCCUCAGUCAGUAGCAGUUCUCCUGGUUCGGGUCCCAGUUCCCCAAACAAUGGCCCAACUGGAAAUGUCACUGAAAAUGAGACUUCGGUUCUGCCACCGACUCCUCAUGCGGAGCAAAUGGUUUCACAGCAACGCAUUCUGAUUCACGAAGAUUCCAUGAACCUGCUAAGUCUUUAUACCUCUCCCUCUUUACCCAAUAUCACCUUGGGGCUGCCAGCAGUAUCAGCCCAGCUCAAUGCUUCAAAUUCACUCAAAGAAAAACAGAAGUGCGAGGCCCAGACACUUAGGCAAGGCGUUCCGCUGCCCGGGCAGUAUGGGGGCAGCCUGCCGGCAUCUUCCAGCCAUCCCCACGCCGCUCUCGAGGGGAAGCCCAACAGCAGCCACCAGGCUCUCCUGCAGCAUUUACUGUUGAAAGAACAAAUGCGACAGCAGAAGCUUCUUGUAGCUGGUGGAGUUCCCUUACAUCCUCAGUCUCCAUUGGCAGCAAAAGAGAGAAUUUCACCCGGCAUUAGAGGUACCCACAAAUUACCCCGUCACAGACCCCUGAAUCGAACCCAGUCUGCACCGCUGCCUCAGAGCACAUUGGCUCAGCUGGUCAUUCAGCAGCAACACCAGCAGUUCUUGGAGAAGCAGAAGCAAUACCAGCAACAGAUCCACAUGAAUAAACUGCUUUCGAAAUCUAUUGAACAACUGAAGCAACCAGGCAGGCACCUGGAGGAAGCGGAGGAAGAGCUGCAGGGGGACCAGGCGAUGCAGGAAGACAGAGCGCCCUCUAGUGGCAACAGCACUAGGAGCGACAGCAGUGUUGGUGUGGAGGACACACUGGGACAAGUUGGGGCUGUGAAGGUCAAGGAGGAGCCAGUGGACAGUGAUGAAGAUGCUCAGAUCCAGGAAAUGGAAUCUGGGGAGCAGGCUGCUUUUAUGCAACAGGUAAUAGGCAAAGAUUUAGCUCCAGGAUUUGUAAUUAAAGUCAUUAUCUGAACAUGAAAUGCACUCCAGGUUUUGGUCAAUGGAUAUUAUUUCCUAUCACUGAAUAAUCUGAUUUUAGUGUUUAAGGGUUCUAACUAAUAUGUAUAUAUCUAUAUAGAGGUCUCUCUCUAUACUGAUCUCUGUAUAGAUAUCAAGGUUUCAUUGAAAUUUCACUGGCAAGGAAAUACCUGCUACACUAAUACGAUACUACAUAGUUAUCCAAGUAACUAGCAGGCUUUAAAUCCAUCCUCAAGCCUGCCACAUCAAUUACUUCUAAGGAAAACGAACUCACUGUUGUUUUAGUUUCUCUGUUGAGAUCAGUGACUGCUGGAUACUUUCCCAGUCUGAUCAAUGACACAUUCUAUUAGUUCUUGAUAUUUUUUGAUAUGUAGAAUUCAAUUUUCUCAGCGUUGUACAUAAUGUAUCAUGCUACAGUCUUGAACACUGUUAAAGGUAGUCUGCCCCUUCCUUCCUCUCUCAUUUCUGUUAAGUGAAAUGUUCUGGUUACCAUGCCAGUAGUCCUAGGCUACUGUAUAGAUUUCAAUUGAAAAUAUUAGGAAUAGAGGUGGUUUUAAAUAUAUAGAUGCAAAGUACAGCACUAUUUUAAAUAUUACAUGACGUCUCACCGAGCGCUGCUCAUUUUACUUUAUCUUGUGUUAUUUGAUGACACUGUCUAUCAAAAAAAGAUCAAGCGAAGCAGAUGCAAAUGUUGUUAAGAACUAACGUGCAGCCUGUGGGCCAAUCAGAUACCCUAUUGUAGUAUCUGCAAUUAUAGAAAACACAGCAACAGUAAGAUUAUCAUCUGAUAGGAAGUCAAAAUCACGUUUAAAAGAAGCAAGCAUAUCAUAUUUUAUUAUCAUUAUCCCUAGGAUCUCUUAAGUAUAAUUCCAUGAUGGACGCCAUACCAUUUUGGCAAAAUUAGCAAAGUGGGCCUUAACAAAAGAACCUACUUGUACAUAAUGCACCUUUAGAAGGACUGUGUCCUUUGAAGCUAUAAAAUACAAACAACUUUGAAGGCAACAGAAGACUGUUUAUUUAAGUCACUUCUUUGUCAGGUUCCUGCUGUUCUCCUACAGAAAACGGAUUCUAUGAGGCUGAGCAGGAAAUGCCUUGUGGAAACAGGAAGUCCAAGUGAUUCAUGUGCUGGGGAAUGUAGGGGGAGAAACGGAGGAUAGUGUUUUACUCUUUCUGUUUUUAAAGGGCACUCUAUGAAUUGAUUUAUUGUCUAAGAAAAUAACACCACAAGUAGGGAAAUUGUUAAGGAAGCUUUUCACUGGAACAUUUCCUUCAAUACUCCUUUUUGAUAUGUUUACCUUGUUUUCUAGGUUUACUUUUGUUAAGCUAGUUAAAGAUUUGUCGUAUUAAGACCCCUUUAAUAUGAAUAAUCCAAAUUGACCUAGAAUCUUUGUGACUUUUUUUUCCUAUUAAAAUAUUUAUAUUUCUAAAUCCGAGGUAUUAAAAGGUGUAGUAUCCUGUUUCAAAGGAGAUAUAGCAGUUUUGCCAAAUGUAGACAUUGUACAAUUGUAUGUUAUUGGCACGUGUUGUUUACAUUUUGCUGUGACAUUUAAAAAUAUUUCUUAAAAAAAGGUUACUGCUAAAGAUACAUUAUCCUUUUUUAAAAAGUUGCCAUUCAAAUUAAAUUAAUAUAACUAGAAGUUAGAAAGUUUAAAACUUUUCCAUAUAAUGAAAAAAGACCUGAUAAUUUGACAAAUAGCUAUAACACUUCCUAUUACCAACAUAUUUUGGUUAAUAUAUUCCUUCAGAUUAAAAUGACUUUUUGUCAGUUAUUUUGCAUUAAAAUAUGGCAUUCCUAAGAUAAAAUUGUGUAUUUUCUCCAUCUCAUAAAUAUACAUUUUCUUUAAAGUCUUUUUCAAUUUCAUAAAAAAGGGAUAGUGCAUCUUUUAAAAUACAUUUUAUUUGGGGAGGAACAUGUGGCUGAGCAGACUUUUGUAUAAUAUUACUUCAAAGAUAUGUAAUGAAGAACAAAAAAAGCUAUUUUUUAUAAUGUCACUUGAGAGAGCUUCAUCAGUACAGUUGGUGGACGUUAAUUUGUUUGAAUUCGAUAUUCUUUGAAUUUAAUCAAGAAACUACCUGGAACCAGUGAAAAGAAAAGCUGGACUUAAAUAAUCUUAGAGCUAAUUGAUAAUUGUCUCUUUUAAAAUCUACUGUAUUUAUUAUAAUUUACACCCUUGAUGGUGAUCUCUUGUUUUGUGUUGUAAAUAUAUUGUUUGUAUGUUUCUCUUCUUGCCUUCUGUUAUAAGUCUCUUCCUUUCUCAAAUAAAGUUUUUUUUAAAAGAUCCCCUUUCA